AAAGGCGGCGGCGGCGCCCUCGGACUGCAGUUUCCUUCUAGGAGUAAAAUGGAAGGCGAAUGGGGCGGCUUGGACAUCCACACUCCGGUGUUUGACAAGAAGAAGAAAAAGUACUCUGUAGAGAAGGACAGACAUCGGCUCCAUGCCCAUGAGCGUUUCAGAGAUGCCCCCCCGGCGAGCGAACACUCUCACAAAACGAAGAGGGGGCAGAAGAGGAAGGACCACCGGCAUCUCGCCCCUGCUCCUUUGAAAACCUCAGAGCUCCGUGAGGAGGCUGCAGAGGCCCCUUCUCCGGCCAGAAAGAGGAAAGAGAAGAGUGCUUUGAGGGUACAGGACGGAACGGGCGUGUGUGUCAUGGUGGAUAAAGAAAACAUCGAGAACGUGCCGAAGAAUUUCAGAAGGGAUGUUGACAUCGUUUAUAUUGACACGAGCAGGGAACAGGAGGCACCCAGAGAGCCCGAAGGGGACGCAUCGCCUGCGGUUACUAAGCGACGGGAAGAGCCGCACAAUCAAGCCCGGGAGAAAAAGAAAAAGAAGCGGCGGCGGGAAGCUGCGCUGGGGGGGCCAGGCCCGGGCGCCAGCGUCCUGCCCCAGCCGGGGUCCCCGCUUUCUGCGGGCCUGGGAGGCCCCGUCACUCAGCUGCCAGGCGCUGCUCAUGAAAAGAAGCCUGAGAAAAGAAAGAGGAAGGUUUCACGUCGCCAGGGAUGUGAGAGUCCCGAGACCGCGGACUCCAAGGGGUCACAGGUGCUCCAUGGCACGGGGACUGUGGAAGGCCGGAGGGAGCCCUGCAGAUUAAAGAAAAGGGCUAAGAAAAGGAGGCGAAGGUCUCCUGUUGAAAGUGCUCCCUCAGGGCUCCCCACCAGCUUUGAGGACCCGCUGCCUGACUCACUGGAAGGUAGCGCUUCCUCGAUUGAGGAAAGUGCGACACCCCGGCCCCGAGAGGAGGAACACCAGGCGUGUUCGGGAGUGCCGAGGUUAGGACCUCCCGAUGAAGAAAGCAAUUUGGAUUCGACCCGAGAUUCCGAGGCGCAGUAUCUGUCCGAAGACUCGAGAGACGCGGACGAUGCGGAUGUGGACCUGGCCUCCGCCGUGAGGCAGCUCCGGGAGUUCAUCCCCGGCAUCGGGGCGAGGGCCGCCACCACGAUUAAGCGCAUGUACCGGGAUGACUUGGGACGGUUCCAGGAGUUCAAGGCGCAGGGUGUCGCCAUUAAAUUUGGCAAGUUUUCUGCGAAGGAAAAUCAGCAGUUAGAGAAAAACGUGCAAGAAUUUCUGUCCCUGACAGGAAUCGAGAACGCGGACAAGCUGCUGUACACGGACAGGUACCCGGAGGAGAAAGCCGCCAUCACCAACUUAAAGAGGAAGUACGCGUUUCGGUUGCACAUCGGGAAGGGCAUCGCCCGGCCCUGGAAACUCGUGUACUACCGAGCCAAGAAGAUGUUUGACGUCAAUAAUUACAAAGGCAGGUACAGCAAAGGGGAUAUGGAGAAGUUAAAGAUAUACCAUUCCCUCCAUGGCAACGACUGGAAGAAGAUUGGGGAUUUGGUGGCUCGAAGCAGCCUCUCCGUCGCCCUCAAGUUCUCCCAGAUCAGCAGUGAAAGAAACCAUGGUGCUUGGAGUAAGACGGAAACCCAGAGACUAAUCAGAGCCGUUGAAGAAGUGAUUCUAAAGACAAUGUCUCCCCAGGACUUAGAGGAGGUAGAUUCUAGAUUCCAAGAGAAUCCCGAAGGCUGCCUGUCCGUUGUUCGGGAAAAACUCUACAAGGGCAUAUCUUGGGUAGAAGUCGAAGCUAAAGUCGGAACCAGAAAUUGGAUGCAGUGUAAAAGUAAGUGGACAGAAAUUCUCACCAAGAGGAUGACGAAUGGCCAGGAUGUGUACCGAGGGGUGAACGCCCUCCAGGCCAAAAUCAACCUGAUUGAGAGGUUGUAUGAAAUAAAUGUGGAAGAUGCUAAUGAAAUAGACUGGGAAGAUCUUGCUGGUACCAUAGGUGACGUUCCUCCGUCUUACGUGCAAGCUAAGUUUUAUAAGCUGAAAGCCACCUGUGUUCCCUUUUGGCAGAGGAAGACUUUUCCAGAGAUUAUAGACUACCUUUAUGAGACGAGUCUGCCUUUGCUCAAAGAGAAGCUGGAGAAGAAGGUGGAGAAAAGAGGCGCGGCGCGCCCUCCCGCGGCGCCCCGGCGUGUCUUCCUGUUCAGGGACAUCUUCCACUGCGACGCCGACAGUGAGGAGGAGGACGGAGGCGGGCGGAGUUAGGAGCGGGCGUCCCUCUGCUCUCUGGGUUUGGCUGUAUCACAUCGAGUGUCAGCAAGCGCUCUCAGUGCCGGCGGCUGGAAUAGGCGACUGUGGCCACGGGGAGGCGUGAGGGUGACGACCUCGCUGUGGAACAUUGAGAAUGACUAGCAUUGGCUGAUGCGUGUGUUUCCGUGUGAAAAGGAGGAGGAACAUGUGAGUUGACUUAACAUAUCUGUCCGAUGGCAAACCAGUGUGGUUUCUGUGGAGCCAGUGUCCCGAGCCCCCAGGGCAGCAGAGGGGCGCGUCCUGUAAACAUUCGCUGUGCCGACUCGGCUGUGUGGCAGCGGCAAAGAGACGUCGGCAGCCCAGCGUGCCUGGCCUUGGCUUCUGCUCCUCGCUUGUUUACGUCUGUGUUCUCGGCGGCGAAGUGCAGAUGAGCGUUGGAAGGAAGUCGUGGUGUGUGUUCCCGCAGCCUGGUUUCCGUUCUCAUGCACAUGGCACAGGUGCCCAGCUGGUCUUCCUGGGGGUGCGCUAGUUUAAAGAUGUGCAUUCUUCAUACAGGAUGCCCCUCAGAGCCAGCCACUGAGUUCAUGUGUCAACUGCAGGGAAAGCCAGCGCUCCCUUCCAUUGCUUCCGGAAAACUGGCUUUGCUGGACGUGGAAGGUGCCACGUGCGUGUUGGGCACACUCGUGCCAGCUGGAGUCUCAGGCUAGCCCAGCAGUCGGGAGAGCAAAAGCACUCACGAUGUUUAAACAGAGGAUUUCAUAUCGGGGUCCAGGCUACUAAAUUGUUAAGCGGGAUCGGGGAGCAAACGGGGAGGUCGAAUACCCAGCGAUGAGCCCCGAGGGGAGGCCGCCGCGGCCUGUGGCCCAGCGCACCCCGUGCUCCUCCCCUAACGGGUGGUCUGGACCCCGGGCAGCUCCAUCCCGCCUGCCACUCGGCCUCAGCAGGAAUGUGUGUCUCCCAAACAGCGCUCCUGCCUCCCUGCAGGAUGUCUCCCGGUGUCUCCAUGGGCAGCUGAGCAGGACCCAGCUGGCCAGGCUUCUGGCCGUGUGUGUACAGGACGGAGCACAGGGAGGAGCAUGUGGGUGGACAGUGUCCUGUUAGGGGGUGUCGCCGUCCGUGCCAGGAUGCAGCCCCUGUGCCCUGGGUGUUCUCAUUGAUGUCACUUGUGUAACAUCAUGCUGUGAUGGUUCAUUCAUCUGUAACGCUCCCCCUUUCUCCAAACCUGCCAUCGUUGGAGAAGGAAGAUGAGCAAUGCGGUUUAGGGGUCCUGGGUCUGUCGUAUCCCCAGCACCUGUACAGUGUGGUGCAGAUGAUACACACUCAUAAAUGCUCAGGAAGCACAAGGGUGUUGCCUUUUUAGAAAGCAUUUUGCCCUCAGGCACUCCUCUCUGUCAAGCAUACCAGUCUCCAUGCUGAUGGGAAUAGAAAGUGUAUGUUCCUUUUGGAGGACAGCCUAGUCAAAUAUAGCUGAUCCCGCCCUAGCUGGUGUGGCUCAGUGGAUAGAGCAUCGGCCUGGGGACUGAAGGGUCCCAGGUUCGAUUCCAGUCGGGAGCACAUGCCCGGGUUGUGGACUCAAUUCUUAGUAGGGGGCGUGCAGGAGGCAACCAAUCAAUGAUUCUCUCUCAUUGAUGUUUCUAUCUCUCUCUCCCUGUCCCUCCUCUCUGAAAUCAAUAAAAAUAUAUUUUUUUAAAAAAAGACCUGACUUACAGCAACAAUAUUUAAAUAUAUAUAUGUGUAUAUAUACACACACAUUAUAUAUAGCUGAUCCCUAAGAAUGUACCUAUUCUGUGAUCCUGCCUGCUACUCCCUGGUUGCAAGUCUUGUGGGGACCCUCAGCGUUUAGGACAGUGAUGGGCAACCUUUUGAGCUUGGUGUGUCAAACUUUGCCAAAAAACUGAGCAUAACUCGGGUAGUGUGUCACUUUGAGGAAAAAACAUUAUUUCGCAAAUGUUUCAUCCUCGGCAUGCGGCCACCUCAGCGGCUGCGUGUCAUCAGAAAUGGCUAUGCGUGUCAGUGCUGACAUGCGUGUCAUAGGUUUGCCAUCACUGGUUCAGGAAAUGCCCCCUUAGGGGAAGGAGGGAGAGCGCCCCUUUUUUAACCUCCUUUCCACUGCAGAGUCCUGGCCUCUGUGUUGCAUAACGAAGUCUGUAAGUGAAGAUCCAUAGCUAAAAAGCAUGCUUAUGGAAAAGUGUUACAUGACCAGGAACUGGGACAAGAACUGAAAUAAUGCCAAGUCGAGACUGUUGGACAACCAUUGGAUUUAUCCCUUGGUCUUGUUUCUUCUGAGACAGGUUUCUUUUCCUCUCUUUACCGCAGUUCACUUCCUGCAUCCUCUCCUCCCGAGUACAGGAAGUACUUGUGCUUCCUCCUCUGCCCUUUCACCCUCUAA